AUGGAUUCACAAAAUACACAAACUGAAUUUCAGGCAGAAUUUCAAUAUGUUGAUGGUAGAAGAUUUCAUAAUGUGAAAAGUGCAAUAUAUCCUCUACCAAAUGAUGAUACCGAAAUGGAUAGAUUAAAUUUACAACAUCUCAUGGUAAGAUAUAUGUGGCAAAGCAACUUUUCUGCUCCCAUCGAACAUAUUUUGUCUAAACCAGGCGUCAAAAUCCUCGAUGUUGGAUAUCCUUUGGUUGAGUUUGUUGGGUUAGAUAUAUCACCACUCCAAUCGACACAGAUAAAACCUAAAAAUUUCACAUUUAUUAAAGCAAAUGUUCUAGAAGGAAUACCAUUCGAGGAUAAUUAUUUUGAUUUUGUAUUUCAACGAUUUCUGCUUGGUGGGUAUAAAAAAGAGAAGUGGCCUUCUGCAAUAAAUGAAUUGGUCAGAGUUUUAAAACCGGGUGGAUUUCUAGAAUUAUGCGAACCUUCUCGGAUGGUUGAUUUAGAUCCAGCAUCUCGGCGUUUAUAUGAUGGUGAAAUGGAAAUAAUUGAACAACAAGGCUCAGAUAUUUACAUAUAUCAAAAGUUAGAGAACUAUUUACAAAGCCAAGGCCAAUUAGAAAAUAUUAAAAACGAUCAAAGACUAUAUCCUCAUGGCAUAAAGUAUAAUAAUGAUUUUCAACUUAUUAAAAUGGCCAUCAGAAAUACCAUUUCCACGUUUAAUAUUUUUAAACCUACUUUAUUAAAUAAGUUUCAAAUUUCGAGCGAAGAAUUUGAUGAAUUGAUUAAAACUUCAGAAAAGGAAUUAUUUGAAUUUGAUACAUAUCUUUAUUUCGGUCGGUUUUACGCAAGUAAAGUUAUUGAAAAUAAUAUUGAAACUACUUUAAAGUAG